ACUUCUGCUUCUGAUAGUAGUAGCAACGUUGUCAUCAUCGUUGUGGUCGUUCUUCUCCUUGUCAUCAUUAUUGCCGUUGUCGUGGUCAGCAUCAUCCUGUACAAACGUGGACACUGUGUAACUAUAUGUGGUCAUUUGGAUAAAUGUCUUGGCAAAACCCCAUGUUGGCCAUUUUGCCGAAGAAAAGUAUGCUUUUGUUGUGUAAUUAAAUCUGAUACACUAGAAGCAGAAAAACCAAUUAUGUCAAAUGGUACAAGCGCUCAUGUCGAGACAAUAAACGAAUCUUCAAAAGCAAAGAUGACGAGAGAAAAAACGUCGAUGAGUGCAAUUACACGCUCCUCGACCAUGGCACUAACUAGGGAGAAAAGCGAGCUCGAAAAGUCCUUGCAAAGACAGGCAACAACAACAAGUAUAGGCUUUGAUAUGAAAUCGGAAAGAUCAUCAGUACAUCAAAUCAAAGUCAAGUCUCAAGAUGACGAUGAUGACAAAGAGCCUAGGCUUAAACUAUUGGGUCUUGACUUGUCGUUCCUUGUGUGCUGUCCCGAGAAAAAGGAUGAAGUAAAAACAGUUAGACUGGUUGAGCCUGAAGAAAAAAAGUCGUUAUCACCAGAAAAGAAACCUGCAAAAGGUGGAACUGAAAAAGAAGAAAACAAAGAAGCUUAAAAAAGGGGGGAAAGAAAGCAAACGAAAAGGAGGAAAGGGAAAAGGUGGCAAAGGGAAGGAGAAAAAUGAAAAAUCAGAAGAAAAAGCUGAAAAUGAAGAAGUUAAAGUAGAAGAAAAUGGUAAGGUUCCAAAGAAAGAAAUAUCAGAUGUUAAACAAACAAAAGAUGAAAGUAGCGAAAAGGCAAAGGGAAAAGCGGAUAAAGGUGGCAAAAAGAAUAAAAACAAAUCAAAGGUUCAGCCUCAAGAUUCGCCACGAAAUGGCGACGUUACAUUAACAGAUGUUGAAAACAGUACAUUUCCAGAGAGUGAGGCAUUAACAAGGGCUCCAACAAAAAUGAAAUCUGAUCUGCGUCUAACAAGUACUCCCGUACCCGGAGGUGAAAAAGGUCAAAAGGGAGUUGUCAGUGUACCAGCAGGGCUACUCAAGCCACAAGACAAGCCCACUGAGUGGACAUUCUUAUCUUGCUGUUUUGGGAACAGGAAUCCACCACCAUCGGAAGACGAAAAUUUUGAAGAACCUGCGGAAGCGAUAGUUCCAGCGAAAGGAAAAACCAAAGUCGCAGCCAAGGGAAAAGUGGCAGCAUCCAAGAAAGGGACUGCAGCUGCAGCAAAGAAACCAGUAAAGAAAGGUGGUGGAGGAAAGGGAGGUGGAAAGAAAAAAGAUGUAAAUGAAAAUGACGUUGACAAGGGAAACACAACAAACGAACCUAAACCUAUAGAAAGAGCCAAGACAAUGCCAGAAAGAGAGAAAACGACACUGAGUUUGCAGGACGCGGAACAAGUAAAAGUUGCAGUUUAUAUUCCUACGGAUAAAACUAACUUACAAUUAAAAGAUACUAUCAUUAAUGGCCCACCAAAGCUAGAAAAAUCUAAAACUGAUGCCGGGUUAACAAGACCCCCGUCAUCAAGACCAGCUUCUUCGGUAAAACAAAGUAAUAACAAGAAAGAUAAGAAAAGUAACAAAAAAGCAGAAAAGGGUAAAGAUGGAGGCAAAAAAGACAAGAAGAGCGGAAAGAAGAAAAAGAAGUGAUGAAUGAAUAUAUAUUUUAUUGAUAUAUAAAUAACAAGGCGGUAGUUAUGUCUAUUAACAUGAUAUUUUAUCAUAAGAUAAUGUAUCACACCAUGAGACGAUGACAAAGUCUUUACUUAUUUCCAAUCUAAUUG